AUGUCUUGGUUUCUUGGUAUUUUGAAACGCAUUUUUUUUGGGGAAGAAAAUGAAACGUCACAGAGAAGAAACCCUCCUUACUCUGAUAAUGGCAUAAAUUCAGUAAAUCUGGGAGUUUCUUAUUCGGGUGUUGCAGAUUCCUCUAAACCUUCAAGGGUGCCAAGUAGUUUUACUCCAAUUACAACCUCUCAGUCGUCAAUUCGUCCCAAAAGUUCUGUAAAAUCUGAAAUUUCUUAUCCGGAUGUGAUAAAAUCCUCUGAACUUCCUAGGGCACCCGGUAGUUUUACUCCAACAAAACCUCCAUCUUCCAUUAAGCAGUACCAAUCUUCCUCUGAGUCAUCUGCAUCAGUUUCUAAGCUGCCCACUUCUUUAUCAAAUCCAUCUUCUUCUCUGUUGGAUCCCCAAAAUUCUUGGUCCUCUGAACUUCCUAGGGCACCAGGUAGUUUUACUCCAACAAAACCUCCAUCUUCCAUUAAGCAGUACCAACCUUCCUCUGAGUCAUCUGCAUCAGUUUCUAAGCUGCCCACUUCUUUAUCAAAUCCAUCUUCUUCUCUGUUGGAUCCCCAAAAUUCUUCCAAGAAAACAAAAUAUGUUGUGGUUGACAAGGAUAUUAUUUCUAUUUAUGUCAUUCCUGAUAGCAUAAAAGAUUUGAUAAAAAAGGACAUUGUACCUGAAGUUCUUACGAGGCCCCUGUCCCCAUCGACUUACAGAGCCUACUUUGCUGCUUUGCUCUAUGCAGAGGACUUCUAUGUUGAGAAGUGGAGCAAUUUCUGUUUAUCUAAUGUCAACUUGGAAUUGCACAAAGCGUCCAUCUAUAAGAAAUCAAACAAGAGCCAAAAUUUGAAUGAAAGUGAUGAACAUGAUGACAAAAUGCUGGUAGCUUUUCGGACUGAUUUGAUUCCUGAGAGGCUGCCUUUCCUUUUAUCAAGAGACUUUAUCUUCGUACGGCCUUCGGGCAAGAAUGUUGAGCCAUUCCAGGGGAUUCUUUACCGAGUGGUGAAAAGCACACUUGUUUUGGCUGAAUUUGGAGAUGAUUUUUAUUCUCAACAUGCAGCAAAUCACAAAUAUGAUAUUAGCUUCUCAUUCAAUAGAGUCUGCUUAAAGAGGUGUCAUCAAGCAAUUACAGCUGCAAUGAGCUCUUCAUUCCAGAGCUUCCUAUUCCCUGGUCAGAUAGAUAGAAUCAACAACACUGCAUUGUCUUCCAUUUUCUCUUCUCAUCGAAAUCUUGGUCCUGAUCAAACCUCGGCUACAACACUGAUAUCAAGGCUCACAGGUCCACUACCUUUUCUCAUUGAGGGGCCACUCUGUUUUUCUGCAGAUCGAUUAUCGAAAACUGGUUUAGUCAUUCGGGAAGCAGUACUUAAGAUAUACAGAACCUCUCCACACUGUCGAAUACUAAUAAAUGCACCAACAAACAACACAUGUGACCUGUUGCUAAAAAGCUUGACAGUGGAGAUUCCAGAAUCAGAAAUGUUUAGAGCAAAUGCUGCCUUUCGAGAGCUUGAUGAUGUACCCGAUGACAUCCUUCCUUCAUGUGAAUACAAAGGGGAAUGCUUCACUUUUCCUUCACUUCUGGAGCUUUCAAACUUUAAGGUGAUCCUGUCAACUUUUGUAAGUAGCUUUCGGGUUCACAAUGAAGGCAUACAACCUGGUCAUUUCAGUCAUAUUUUUCUAUUAGAUGCUUCUUCAGCUACUGAACCAGAGACUAUGGUGACUCUGGCUAAUCUUGUUGAUGAGAAUACAUCUGUUGUAGUCACAGGUGCUCUUGGGAACUCUUCUGGUUGGGUUCGCUCUGAUAUUGCUCGUAGGAAUGGAUUGAAGAAAUCAUAUUUUCAGAGACUUCUGGAGAGUGAACCAUAUAAUAAGCUUAAUAGUAUGUUUGUUAUGCAUCUCUAGAACAACUAUUCAUAAG